AUGGACACCGACGGUGGCUCCAGCGCGCCGGAUCCGCGCAAUGUGCAGGUCGACAAUGCUAUUCGCGCCAUCCGCGAGAAGAAACCUCUUCCCCAGAUUGACUUCAGCAUCCAUGAAAUGGAAGAUGGCACCCAAGUGAGCACUCUCGAGCGGGUGUGCAAAGAUGUCCAGGCGCCCGCCAUGUCCAAGCCCACCGACGAACAAUUCUUCGAGGACGAGACCCGCCAGAAGCCGGAUAUCGCCUUCCUCAAGCAGCACUUCUGUCGCGAAGGCCGCCUCACAGACGAGCAAGCCUUGUGGAUCCUCAAGCAGGGCACUGAACUCCUCCGGGCCGAGCCCAAUCUCCUCGAGAUGGAUGCGCCCAUCACCGUCUGCGGCGACGUCCAUGGCCAGUACUAUGACCUCAUGAAGCUCUUCGAAGUCGGCGGCGACCCGGCUGAGACGAGGUAUCUGUUCCUUGGCGACUACGUGGAUAGGGGCUAUUUCAGUAUAGAAUGUGUCCUCUACCUGUGGGCGUUGAAGAUACAUUACCCAAAUACCCUCUGGCUGCUGCGCGGAAAUCACGAAUGUCGCCAUCUUACCGACUACUUCACCUUCAAGCUGGAAUGCAGGCACAAAUAUUCCGAGGCCAUCUAUGAGGCUUGUAUGGAGUCGUUCUGCUCCCUGCCCUUGGCUGCCGUUAUGAACAAGCAGUUCCUCUGCAUCCACGGCGGGUUGAGCCCGGAGUUGCACACAUUGGACGACCUGAAGAGUAUCGAUAGGUUCAGAGAGCCGCCAACGCAGGGGUUGAUGUGCGACAUACUCUGGGCGGAUCCUCUGGAGGACUUUGGCCAAGAAAAGACUACGGAUUAUUUCCUCCAUAACCACGUCCGGGGCUGUUCCUACUUCUUCUCGUACCACGCAGCUUGCGCCUUUUUGGAGAAGAACAAUCUCCUUUCCGUCAUCCGAGCCCACGAGGCCCAGGAUGCGGGCUACCGCAUGUACCGUAAGACUCGUACCACCGGUUUCCCGAGCGUCAUGACUAUAUUCUCCGCGCCCAACUAUCUCGACGUUUAUAACAACAAGGCUGCGGUCCUCAAGUACGAGAACAAUGUCAUGAACAUCCGUCAGUUCAACUGCACACCGCACCCAUACUGGCUCCCCAACUUCAUGGACGUUUUCACCUGGUCGCUGCCAUUUGUUGGCGAGAAGAUCACGGAUAUGCUAAUCGCAAUCCUGAGCACGUGUUCCGAGGAGGAGCUCCGGGAGGAGUCGGCGGCGACCUCUCCGGGCCCGGUCUCUCCUGUUGGGACAUCGGCACCAAGCCAGGAUCCCGAGUCGAUCGAAUUCAAGAGGAGAGCGAUCAAGAACAAGAUCCUCGCCAUAGGGCGGCUAUCCCGCGUGUUCCAGGUCCUUCGAGAGGAGUCUGAGAGAGUCACGGAGCUCAAGACCGUCUCGGGAGGGCGCCUGCCUGCAGGGACGCUCAUGCUCGGCGCCGAGGGCAUCAAGAACGCCAUCAGCAGCUUCGAGGACGCACGCAAGGUGGAUAUACAGAACGAGAGACUACCGCCCAGCCAUGAGGAGGUUGCGAGACAGGCCGGCGAGGAGCGGCAGCAGGCCCUGGAGAGAGCCGCCAAGGAGGCGGACAACGAUAAGAAGCUCCAGUCUCUGUCGCGGAGGCUAAGCACGUGA